UCUUGCCUCGCAGCGGAGCGAUUGGUGGAGCGGUGGAAGCGCAACAUCCACUCGGCCGAAAGCAAAGAGAAUGGCGCGGGCGCACAAUUCCGCAUCGAAGACCUCAGCCUCGAACUGAAGAAGACAUCGCUCGACGUGAUCGGACUGUCCGCGUUCGGCUUCGGCUUCAACCCGGAAGGCGACUCGGAGAGCGACGACGUCGUGGAAGCGUUCGAGUACGUUCUGUCAGCCAUCGAGCAGAGAUCGUACGACUUCGUUUCGCUGCCCAAUUGGGUCUACUGUCACUGCACCGCCGCAGGGCGCAAGUUCACGGCCAACGUCCAGAAGCUGCGGACACUGGUAUACAGCAUUAUCGACAAGCGGCGCAAACAGAUGGUGCAGAGGGGUACCGGCAUGCGGCGUCAGCCCAGCGGUCUGCGCGUCGACGGUCUGCCGACCGACGUCGGGGCCGACCAGCCCGAGGAGCCUCGCGAGAAGGACCUGCUGGACCUUCUGCUCGAGGCCAAGGACGACGAGGGCGACGGCGAGGGCUUCAGCAACCAGCAGAUCAUGGAGGAGGUCAUGACUAUCAUGUUUGCCGGUCACGAGACCACGAGCAUCGCGUUGUCGUGGACGCUUUACCUGCUGGCGCAGCACGCGCAGGUGAAGGACAAGCUGGUGCAAGAGCUGGUUCAGGUGAUGAGCGAGCGCACCCCUGCAGCCGAUGACCUCCCCAAGCUGCAGUACCUGGACAUGGUCCUCUCCGAGGCCAUGCGACUCUACCCGCCGCAGCCAGGGUUUGUGCGUCGCGCCCUGCAGGACAAUCACAUCGGCCAGUACUUCAUUCCUCAGGGCACCGAGGUCACUGUGGUGCCAUACCUGAUCCACAGGGAUCCGUCCCUGUGGCCCGAGCCGCAGCGAUUUGACCCGGAGAGGUUCACCAAGGAGAACUCCAAGGCCAGGCACGCCUUUGCCUACCUUCCCUUCAGCGGCGGACUAAGAAGUUGCGUUGGUCGUAACUUUGCGAUGAUGGAAGCUCGCGUCCUGCUCGCUGCCAUCGUGCGCCACUUUGAAGUGCGCCUUGUCGAGGGAGCGCGCGUGGUGGCCGUUCCCGCCGUGACGCUGCGCCCGCACGGCAUGCAAGUCGCCAUCACCAACCGCGCUUGA